CACGAGAUGCUGAGCGUGACCGUGAAUUUGCUCGAGGCGGGGAUCGCAGCCGCGAGUGGUCUCGGGGAAGAAACCGCAACCGCGAAUGGCCUCAAGACGGUGACCGCAACCGCGAACAGGUUCAAACCGGCGAACGAGGGCGCGAAUGGACUAGAAACAGGGGCCGCAACCGAGAAUGGACUCAAGACGAGGACCGCAAGAGGAAGUUCACUCCGGAAAACACCACCAAACCAGCGACGCGUCGAUUUGACGAGGCGACCCCGAAGCGUUUCCGUAAUGAUGACCGUGGACGAGGACGGCGUGCGAAGUGUUCUCGAUGCCUCGGCUUUGCCCACGGGGCCAGAGAUUGUCCAGCGAUGGACAAACUGUGUUUUCUGUGCAACGAGAUAGGCCAUUUUUCGGUCGCUUGCCGGCAGAGACGAUCCAAGCCGAGCGGCGCCAACGCUGAGCAGCACAUCAACGCACUAUCUCUCCAAGACGUUCUCGUGGAUUGUAGCCUAGGCGGAUCGAUCCCUAUUCAGUUCC